UCACAGCCUCACAUCGGACACAGAGCCCCGGACUUCCUGUUCACAGCUUCCCUUCGCCCCACAGACUCAUCAUCCUCCGUCUGAAGCCUCAACACUGAGGACGGCAGCAACAGCAGACGAAGACGACGACCAGCAAACAAAAACCGAAUGCCUUCAAAAGAUCUACACAUGUUACCUGCCACCAUCGGAGACAUGAACAUCUGUUACAUCCUGGAUGGGGUCCUCAUCCUCUACGGCCUCAUUCUGACCGCCUUGUACUGCAGACUGAGGAUUACUUACAGGAAGUCUACAGCUGGACUCCCUGAGAAGAAGCCCGCUGAGGGAGGCAUCUAUGCGGUGAGACUUCUCUCUCUAAUGAUUAAAAACGCCUGUAAAAAGGCACAUGAUGGACAGGUGACAGCUUACAUCACAGCCCAUGGGUCUGACCUCGCGUAGCGCCGACACCUACGAGACCAUCGGAGUCAAAAAGGCCAUGGUGUGACCCCCCCGCCCAGGUGUUUUCUGCUUAAACGGCAGCUUCAUCCUGUAAAUUAGAAUGUGCAUAAACCUUCCCACAGACGCAGCGUCUUCUUCUGUUGUACAAAAACAUGAUCUUCUGCACUUUGUGUCAAGCACUAAAUUAUACUAAAUGUACUAAAAAAGCUCCUCCAGUGUAUUUUGCUUUAACUUGACGUUUAUUCUUAUUUUCUGCUCAUGUGUUUCCAGUUUGAGAUGAAUAUCAUGUGGAAAUUAAUAUAUUUUAACCUCAAAAACAAUUCUGUAAACCCACAUUAAAACGUUGGAAUAAUAAA